AUGGCUUCAGCGAAAUGGGGUUUCAGCGAAACGUUGGUGAAAUGGCUUCGGCGGCAAAAUGUUCGUGAUAAUAAUGUAUUUCUUAAUACGUUCUCUAAUAUCUUUGCUUGGGAUUAUAAUUAUGAUUGCACAGAUAUUAGCAUUUCAGACAUUAAAUUUACGCAAAGUAAUCAGGUCGAAGUAACCGCGCAUGGUCCACAAAGAUAUUCAAAUCGUGAACAUUUCCCUUGUUGUUUGCAUCAGGGGCCAAUGCUCAUUAGUAAUUAUACAUUUUUUUACACAAAUGAGCCAAAUAACCCGAUUGCUACUACUGUUUGGAAACACCGUCAAUGGGUAAAUGGUUACUCUGAAGAUAAUUCUGUAGAGUUAGAUGAUUACCUAUAUUGGCCACCACCGGAUUGUGACAAAGAAGUUUAUCAAGGAGCAAUUAAUUACACGCGUACUAACAAUUUUGAUGCUUCAAGGGCAUACGUAUUGCUAUAG